AUGGCAGAGGAGCGUCACGACACCGCGUCGUCGGAGUCUGAGGACGGCGCUGCACGGGCUAAAUUUGCCUUUUCGGAGGGUACUGGGGCCCCGCUUUCCCAACUGCCUGCAGUACAGGCGGUGGGCAGCCGUGGUGCGGCGUGCAAGCAGCUCGAGGCCCGGUUAGAGUCGUUGCACCGACUGGUGUUUGGGCGCGCUGGCAGGGCCGGCGAGCGGCGCCGCGCGUUGGAGGCAUUUUGUGGCUUUCCAGAGGCGAUGCGGGAGGCCGUCUCGCAGCGGGUGCAUAAGCUGAAGAAGGAGAAGCUGCGCGAGCUCAUCCAGGCCCUUGGCAUGCCUGUCCACAUCUCUAACACCCACGCGCAGGUGGCGGAUGAGGUGGCGGCAUUUCUUAUGCAGCCGCGGGCGGCCGAGGUGAAACUGCGGACCCCCAGCAAAGCGCCUCAACCCCAAAAGAGGGCCGUGAGGCGGGGUCGCGCGGCGGCGGCGAGUGAAGGUAGUGAGACCGAAGCAUUACCAGCGCAGAGGGCUGACGCGCCGGGGACGGCGAGUGAGGAGGCGAAGGAAACACCGAAGCGCGCGAAGAAGGAAGUGCCAGCGGCGGAGAGAGCAUCGUCGGCGCUGCCCCCGAGCGAUGAUGCCAUCCGUGUAGCGGUGUACAAGCGGGUUCUCUCCACACCGCGGGAGGAGCGGAGCAAACUCACCACGAAGGCACUGCGCUUAGAGCUGGAGCAGCUCUUUGGUGACCUUGAGGCACGCAAGGCAGUCAUCAAGGAGUCAGCGUCGGAGUGCGUCUCGGGGCUGGUCGCGGCAGAGGAGGCGGCGGCAGCUGCUGUUUCUGCCUCUGCCUCUGCCGCCGUCCCUGCCGCCGUCCCUGCCGCCGUCCCUGCCGCCGUCCCUACCGCCGUCCCUACCGCCGUCCCUGCCGCAGCGGCGACGGCUGCUGUGGGUCGCGGCGGAGGCGACCACACGGUGGAGCCCUCUCCCGCCCCGCACCCGCCCCAGUUGGGGGAGCCGUCCACGUUGGGCGACUCCCGCAGCCAGGCCCCGCCGCGGAGCACGCCAGACGGGUCCGUCGCGCUGCCAGCGCUCGUGCCGACCUUUCCCGCACACCCACCGACGACAUUGCCGGUCGUUUCCAUCCCGACUCACCUGCCGCCCGGGGCACCCGACUUGUGA